GGUGAUCAACGCCGAACGGCGCCGGAAGGCGGCGCGAGGUUCGUGAACGGGGACUAUCCACUUUUGUGACAUCCACAAUAUGCUGGGGCGCGCUAGUUCAUUCUUAGAACGAAGCCCCCGGUCAUGUUCACUCUCUUGAAACAGCCGAAAUCUCCGCCGCACAGUUAAACACGCCGAGUCCUCGUUCUACCGCUAUAUAAACCAACCUGUGAAGACCAUAUCGUCAGGCCUCUUGUCGCUGUGUCCUUUCCACGAUGCCCAGCCUCCUCGUAUUCGUUCUGACUGCAAUCUUGACCUCCGGUCUAACGGCUGCGGCACCCACAGCUCCAUCGGCAUCAUGGUCAAGCGUAGCAUCUGCGGCAGAGCCUAGCGAAACCGUUCCUCUUGCAAGUGACAACCCUAACGGUAUCUUGUGGAAUACCACGACGGACAAGGACCCCCAGCCUAUUCGUGGACAACUCGGUGGUGACAUCUUGGCUCAACAGAAUGUCCCUCUUCAGGAACAGAAUCCUGACAUCCUCGCGCCGCCUACUACUGACGAAAACAUAAUUCCAAACGUCAAGUGGCCCUUCAGUCUGAGCACGAUGCGUCUCAACACAGGUGGUUUCGCUCGUCAGCAGAACAUCAAUCAGAUGCCCAUAGCCACUUCUAUGGCGGGCGUGGAUAUGCGCCUGAAACCCGGAGCGAUUCGUGAGCUUCAUUGGCACAAGACCUCUGAGUGGGCAUAUGUCCUCAGUGGCUACACGCAAGUGUCCGCGGUUGAUCAGGAUGGGCGGAACUUUGUUGGCACUGUUGGUCCCGGCGAUUUGUGGUACUUCCCGCCUGGGAUCCCACACAGUCUCCAGGCAACUAACCAGACGGAGGGCGGGUCCGAAUUCCUUCUUAUUUUCGACAACGGCGACUUCAGCGAUGACUCCACUUUCCUCCUCACCGAUUGGUUGGCCCAUACUCCGAAGGAAGUCAUAGCGAAAAAUUUUGGAACCAAUUUGGCGGCCUGGAACGACAUUCCAGGGCAGCAGCUAUAUAUCUUCCCAGGCGAGCCACCCUCGCCCGAUGCGGUUGCUCCUGAGGAUCCUCAAGGUCAAGUUCCCAACCCGUACAUCUAUAAACUCUCGGAAAUGGGUGCGGAGCAGCUUGCUGGCGGUGCACUCAAGAUCGCCGAUUCCAGGAACUUCACUGUGUCUACCACGAUUGCUCUUGCUGAGUUCUGGGUUGAGCCCGGAGGAAUGAGGGAGUUGCAUUGGCACCCGACACAAGACGAGUGGACGUACUACAUCUCUGGUUCUGCGCGUGUGACGGAAUUCGCAUCAAGUGCAACCGCUCAGACCUUCAACUACGUGGCGGGCGACAUCGGAUUCGUACCUGCUGCCUAUGGUCACUACGUAGAGAAUAUCGGCAAUGAGACCCUUCACUACUUGGAGAUCUUCAACAGCGAUCUCGUGGUGGACGUGAGCUUGAACCAGUGGCUUGCGCUCACGCCGCCCGAGCUCGUGAAGGAACACUUGCAGAUCUCUGACGAGACAAUCGAUCACCUCAGCAAGAUCAAGCCGUACGUCGUUGGAGCCACGGAGGUGUGAUAUUCGGUAUUCUUGGGACUUCGUUUCUUCGCUGUGUAUGGCCCGGGACCGGGCUUUAUGAACAUGCUCUAAUGGACACAAGGAUGUGAUGGAUGAUAUGAUGGGGCAUGCAUCCAUGACAAGGGUUAGUAGAGUGUGACUAGACUGGCGAAUUGCUGGCGAAUUGUUUGCCCGAUCUCCUAUGGGAGGUC